AUGGCUGCGCCCGAUGAGUUAUUUUGCUGGGAAGGCGACUGGGGUCUUCCAUCUGUUAACACUGAGUGUCUGAUCGUUCUGGCUUAUGCAAAGUUUUCAGGUGCUCCACUUAAACUUCACAAAAUCUCCAGUCCAUGGAGGAGUCCAACUGGUUCGCUGCCCGCCCUGAGGACCAGUCAGAAAAACAGCUUAUCAAGACCCAAUGACAUCAUCAUCCACCUCAGGAAACAGAAAUACAAUGCAGACUACGACCUGUCAGCCAAGGAAGGAGCAGACACCCUGGCCUUCAUCUCUCUGAUAGAAGAGAAACUCCUGCCCGCUCUGAUCUACACUUUCUGGAUUGAACCAAAGAACUAUGUGGAAAUGACACGCCGCUGGUAUGCCCAACACAUCCCCUUCCCCCUCAACUUCUUCCUGCCGGGACGCAUGCAGCGCAGGCAGCUGGAGCGACUCCGGCUGGUCCGGGGCGACCCGAGUCUGGAGUCUGGAGAGGAGCUGGAGAAAGAGCUAUACCGUGAUGCUGUGGAGUGUAUGAACCUCCUCUCUCAGCGCCUCGCUUCACACAAGUUCUUCUUCGGUGACUCGCCUUCCUCUCUGGAUGCCUUUGUGUUUGGUCACCUGGCACCAAUCCUAAAGUCCAAACUGCCCAGUGGGCAACUACAGCAGCACUUGAAGUCACUGGACAACUUGAGCGGCUUCUGCGGCAACAUCCUACUCCUCUACUUCCCUAGCGACAGCAGAGAGAAAUUCAGCCGCAAGGUGUCCUCCCAGCCUGAAGGGGGCGACUUUGACCAUGUACCCAACAAGAGGCGCAAGCAGUUUCUCUCGGUGCUGGUGGCUCUGGGCGCCAUGCUGAGCUAUGCUCUCCUCACAGGCAUCGUGUCUAUUCAGCACGUCCAAGAAGAGGCGCUAGAGCAUUCCCCUAGCCUGCGCUCUGUCUCCUCAGCCAACGAUGACGAAGAUGAGGGCUGAUGGAGAUGUCAGGUCAAAGAGAGGUCCAGUUCCAAACCGAUAACGUCCCAUGACAGUACCCCACACCCACCUCUCCUACCAGGGUUCCGUAGAGCUGUGCCUUGUUUAGACCACAGGACAGUGACCGACUUCGUAAAAACGGUACUAGUUUAGUUGUGUCAGGAUGGAAACUCUGGCACACUCCAGUGGGAACUGCAACAUAGUUUAGCCAUUAAAAUCUGAAUAUUUGGAUUUAACAGAUGUUUGGAUUCAACUUUCUUUCCAGAUUGGAUUUUCUCCCAGGUGAAAUCCCUGCAGAGGAUCUUUAACGUCAAAUUAUCUUCAAUAUCAAGCCGGUCACAUUUAUGCUGAUGAACCAAAGGAAAAAAAUUAUUUCUCUGUUUUCACAUCCUUAACCUCCACACCCCCGUGCUCCUGCCUGUCUGUCGUAUGGCUGAUUUGCCAGCUGACUGACAGUCAAAGUACAAUAGUGUUUCAGUGAGGCGGGACAUGUAGCCUCACAAGUAUGUGAUGGUGGUGUUAUGUGCUUGGUUAUCAUCUUCGUAUUGGCUGAUAUGCAGUUGUAAGGCCAAAAUAUCACCUGCUAAUAGGAGAUAUCUGCCGUAGUGCCCCUGGUCAAAAUUUCAGAUUUUUGCCUUAAGUUGGUUUAAUUGGAAGUUAAAAUUCAGAAAGUAAACAUUGAACCUUGCCACGAACAUUAGUGUUCCUUCAGGUCCUCAUGGCAGAGUUUGGAUGGUUUGGGACUGGACCCAGACAGAUAUGAACUGUCUCCUCUGGACUGAUGGCGCCCCUCCCCAGAGAAUUAUUUAGGUCUAAGAGCCGCUGUGACUCACGUGGCUCAUCGGGAACAGGAUCUGGUUGGGUGAAAAUGACACCUGGCGAUACCAUAGCAGUUUUUAUUGUUGAUAUCUAAUUCGAUAAAGCCAGAAUAAUCUCCAGUCUGGCAACCUUUUGUGAGACUGGGUCUGUCCACCUUCACAGUGAGAGCGGUUUUUAAAUGGUGGGAUUGCCGAAAAAAGUGGAUGGUCCAAUGACAGCUUUGUUCUGAGAGGGCUAAAUAGUUGAGAUUCAGGGGCGCUGUUAACAACAGCGUCAGCAGAGACAAAGCUACAAAUUCUACAACGAGUAGUGAUUUCCAUCAAAACACAGGACAAACCUUUCCAUGUUUGGCAAAGCAUCUGCAUCACAUGACGGAUACCAUUACAUGGCCUUUUCGUCACAACUAACUACCAUUCACCACUGCCGCCGUUGUUCACAGUUCUGCUGUGUUAAAUCUCUGCUUUCUGAUUGGACCGUCCAGUUUUUGGAAGGGCCCACCUUUUUGAAAUCGUUCUCAAUAGGAGGGAGGCCAGACCUGGCAUCCCCAAAAAGACAAUUGUGAUGUUGGUCUGAGUCACAAGGCAACCCAUUUAAGGCAUUGAAAUAUAUAUAUAUAUAUAUAUAUAUAUA